CUAGUUUGAAUUUAUCUGAAAUUGUAAGGCAGCAGGAUUUAAGAUGGUUGCGUUUUUAUGUUAAUUUUGCUUGUUUUGAUGAAUUCAUCAGAAGCAGGCCGUGCCCCCACCUGGGAUUCCUGUAACUGUUACUGGGCUGAAUGGCAGGGUUGGUCAGAAUGCAGUGCUGCCUGUGGGGGAGGGCGACGGUACAGAACAAGAGAAGUGUGGAAAUAUGCUACUCCCCAAUGUGAAGGAUUUAAGGCUUGUGCAAGCAACGACAUGGGCAGUGAAUGGGGAGACUGUAACAAUAUCUGUCACCAAGGGACGUACCAUUCCUAUGGCUGUAGAUGUCAUGCAGGAUGGUAUGGGAGGUGUUGUAAAAAUCAAAAAACAUGUGGAGAUCCAGGUGAAAUAAACAAUGGACAGGUGACCGGAUCCACAUUUACAUACGACAGUACACUAUCGUACCACUGCAAUCAGUACUAUAAUUUGACUGGUGGAACCAGAACUAGGAGAUGCCAAAUCAAUAGUAUCUGGAGUGGUCGGAAACCCCGAUGUGCAUUUGUGAAUUCCUGUGCUAGUAACCCAUACCAAAAUAAUGGAACCUGUGUGGAUGGUUUGGAUCGAUAUGACUGCGUUUGUACAAAAAGCUUCACAGGGAAAAAUUGUGAAACAGAUAUACAACCUCCAGUGAUGAGUGGUUGCCAUGACAACAAGACGGUCUAUUCUUCAAAACACGAAACUUUCCUUAACUGGACUGCACCUAGCUUUUACGACCCUGUAGGAAAGGAGUUAACGAUUUCAACUAAUUAUCCCCAAAACAGCUGGAGUUUUCCAUGGGGAGAUUUUACAGUUCAGUAUGUGGCUUUGAAACCCUCAAACGGUUUGCGAACAAGCUGUGUUUUCAAUGUAAAAGUCCGACGUAAGUUGAAUCCCAUGAUUUGA